AAAAAAUUACAAAUCAUAGAUUACAAUCUUUUUCAGAUGAAAUGUUCUAAAUUAUAUAAAAGACAUACAAUAUGAACCUCAUUCUUAGGAGAAAUCAACGUUCUUCAAUAAAAAUGUCAAUAUUAAGCGAAAGAAGCAAAUCAAGAAAAGGAAAUAAAUAAACAAACAAAUGUUGAAACAUAUGCCGCCUAUACAACCACCAGGGCAACCUCGUCCACAUGCUAACAGGGGCUUACAUCCAAGGCCUCCACAACCGUUAAACAUAUCGACCCUAUCAACAUCGUCGGUACCACCGAAAAACAUUGCCAAUGGAGGUCCGAGAUUGACAAAUUUACUCAACAUAGCACCAACUACACCAACAAGUAUUAGCAAUAAUCUUAACUUACUUGCAACCAAUGGUUGCAACAAUCCCCAUAGCAAUUGCAAUAACUUCACUUUGGGAUAUCAUCCGAAACAGGGUCCAGGAGUGCGGGAAGCUCUCACUAGUUUAGGUCUUCUUUGUUUAGUGUCGUUAUUAUUAGCAUUAUUGUCACUAAUUUUCUUAUUGAAAAUUUCACCUGGGGGAAGGGAACUCCCACCACAACCUCCAGGACCAGCUACGUCCGAGGACUAUAUCAUAGUUUAUGAUGUUACUUUGGCAUUAUGUGCACUAUCAUUGUCGCUUAAUUUGUGCUGCUUACUCGUAUGUGCCAUUCAAUUUCUUUUUGCUGUAAAGUUGAUAAGAGGCUCUACCGCAAAUGGAAGAUUUUGUUACAGAAGUAACAAAUAUUUGCAAAAAUCCAGUGUGAGCAGAGUGUGUGCUGUUGGCGGCUUUUUUAUAUCCAUACCAAUAUUUUUAACAGGAAUAAUUCUCUACACUUUCACCCAAUUUCACUCAACACCAGCUAUAAUCACCAGUGUUCUUAUCGGAAUCGGUAUUGUUUUCUGCGGAGGAGCAAUGGUACACAAUGUAUUCGUCUGGCAAAAAGAGAAAACGAUAUGUGUUCGAAAUCAUUCUAUGAAUAUGUCAGCGCUAAGCGCUAUUACACCCCCAGUGCAAUUUAUGAAUCAUUCCACUUCAAAUCACUUGAAUUUGAAUUCAACAAGCCAUUCCAAUGCACAAAUUCAUCCCACAUCCGUCACUCCACUAUCACCAAAUCAUUCACAUGGUAGUUUUAAUCAUUCUUGUGCAGCUGGAUUUUCAAUGCGACCUUCAACGGCCACUCCGCCCACUCCAAAAGUACUAUCGAAUGGAUGUGUUCCUAUUGGUGGCCGUGAAGCUAGUGGAUCUGUUAGUCCAGGCUUGCCACAAACUCUAGACAUGAGCAAUGUAACUAGUACAUCACAACAUGAACUGUCAACUUUAGUGUAAAAAAUAUAAUUAAUUUCUUUUACUAUAUUUUCAUCUGCUUAAAUUAUCUUGCCUCUUAUAGAUCCUAGUUAAUCUACUAUAUUUUAUGUAAGUUUCUUCACUCUUUUAUUAUACUAUGUACCUGAUGUGUUGUCAAUAUAGUUUUAUGCAUAAGGGUAUUCUUUCAAAAGUUUAUAUUUCUAUUUUUAAAAAAUAAUUGAAACUUGCCUCAAUCUCGGUCUAUUAUAUUUAAGAUUUUGUAAAUAGUUAAAUAAUAAUAAGAUUAAAAUUUAAGAUUUAUACUGACGUAAUUUAUAAGCUUUAAGGAUUAAAUCUAAACUUUGUACCGAUAACUUAAAAAAAAAAUAGAGUACAACAAACUCAAUACCACAAUGGCUUUGUAUGAUUGCUAUAUUUUGUAACAUAGUUUGAAUACUAAAAUAAAUAUAAA